UAACGACCUUCCGCGCGGACGGUGGGCAGGCGACGGUGGCGUGUGGAUGGAGGCUUCCGCCCUUGGCCCAGCGCGGCAGGGCAGGCGGCGGACCCGGGUCGCCGGCUCCCUGCUCUCUCGGGCCGCCAUCCUUCUCUUUAUCUCCGCCUUCCUGGUGCGGGUGCCCUCAUCAGUUGGACACUUGGUUCGAUUACCAAGAGCUUUUCGCUUGACCAAAGAUUCAGUGAAAAUAGUGGGAUCAACAAGUUUUCCAGUGAAAGUGUAUGUCAUGCUCCAUCAAAAGAGUCCACACGUGUUAUGUGUAACGCAACAACUGCGAAAUGCUGAACUGAUAGACCCAUCAUUCCAAUGGUAUGGGCCUAAAGGAAAAGUUGUUUCAGAAAACCGCACUGCACAAAUAACAUCCACAGGAAGCCUUGUAUUCCAAAAUUUUGAGGAGAGUAUGAGUGGAAUUUAUACAUGUUUCCUCGAAUAUAAACCUACUGUGGAAGAAACUGUUAAACAUCUUCAACUGAAAUAUGCUAUAUAUGCUUAUCGUGAGCCUCAUUAUUAUUAUCAGUUCACAGCUCGAUAUCAUGCAGCUCCCUGCAAUAGUAUUUAUAAUAUUUCUUUUGAGAAGAAACUUCUUCAGAUUUUAAGCAAACUGCUUCUUGACCUUUCAUGUGAAAUUUCCUUACUUAAGUCUGAAUGCCAUCAUGUUAAAAUGCAAAGAGCUGGUUUGCAAAAUGAAUUGUUCUUUACAUUUUCAGUUUCAUCUCUAGACACUGAAAAAGGACCCAAGCCAUGUACAGACCAUAAUUGUGAACCUUCCAAAAGACUUUUUAAGGCUAAAAAUCUCAUAGAGAGAUUUUUUAAUCAACAAGUAGAAAUUCUUGGCAGACGUGCAGAACAAUUACCUCAAAUAUACUAUAUCGAAGGUACUCUCCAAAUGGUUUGGAUUAAUCGCUGCUUUCCAGGGUAUGGAAUGAAUGUCCAGCAACAUCCAAAAUGUCCUGAGUGCUGUGUGAUCUGCAGCCCUGGAUCAUAUAACCCCCGUGAUGGAAUUCAUUGCCUUCAGUGCAAUAGCAGCCUGGUGUAUGGAGCAAAAACGUGCUUAUAAGCCAUUAUCUUCAGUUAUUCAGUGGUUUAUUAAAUGCAAAGUGUAUAUUUGAAAUAUUAACAUAAUAAAUUAUUAUGCCAAAAUUAA